AUGUCACGAAAUGUUCGUCGGGGUGGACAAAUAUGGGUCUGCAUAUUUCUAGACAAACCAGUUACAGUAAGACCUACCGAAACGCGUAUGGGUUCGGGAAAAGGAUCGCCUGAAUAUUGGGUAGCUGUUGUUAAACCCGGAAAAAUACUUUAUGAAAUGGGAGGGGUCCCAGAAAAUAUCGCUAGAAAGGCGAUUUCAAUAGCGGCAUCCAAAAUGCCUAUACGAACUCAAUUCAUUUUUUCCAAAUAA